AUGGUUCAUGAGUCAUCAACGAUCGUGAAAGAGCCGGAGACUUUACCAUCCACUUCAGAUAACAUAGACCCAUUGGGAAGAAUGGAAGAGUUAUUAGAAGAAGUCGAAGAAUAUGAUGAUCUACAAAUGGAGGUCGAGGAUGGUAGUGAGGAAACGCUCGAGCGAACUAUUGACGCGGAAAAUAUGAAUUCUGCGGAGCCAACUUCCUCUGGCUUGACGUCAAGAAAAAAUAAUUUUUAUUCUUGCAGCAAAUGCAACUACGUAACUCACAUAAGAGCCAGAUUUACCAAACACGUUAAAUAUCAUUCAAUGCCUAUGAUUAAGUGUACCAUGUGUGACUUCAGGACGCCUUAUAAAUGGAACUUGGACCGUCACAUGAAAAACCACGGUGGUAACGGAAACUUCCACUGUUCUAUGUGUAACUUUACUGCCGACAUAAGACAGAGUUUGACGGUACAUGAAAUGAAUCAUCAUACGCCCCCUGUAGGGCAAUCGAGUUUUAGCCGGCGUCGCAACCGGGUGGGAGCCAGCGACAUGCCAGUUGGUGUUGACAUGACGGACGACAACGCUCUCAUCUCGAAAGAGGAGGAAGGGAGUGGAGACUCACGAUCCUCACACUCUGCAUCGGAAAUGGGUUUGCAAUACAUGGAUAAAGAAAUUGUUAGUUGUAACAGUGACUCUAACGAUGCCUCCACAUCUGACAACAGGAAAGAAAACAUGCACAUAACAAAAGAAACAGAUACAAAUUGCCCAUUAGAUGAUACUAAAAACCAAAAGCAAAGUAGAAAAAUUCCACGGCCAAUUCCACAACUCAUACCUUUAAAUGCUUCUACGCCAAACCAAAACAAAAGUACUGGUGAACCACCUGCUAAAAAGCUCAAGGAGUCUACAGCACAGUUAGGUGACGUAAACAAUGCUCAAAAGAUUGAUAACUUACCCAUAGAUAUUACUCUUACUCCUGUAAGUAACGUCAACGGGAAAGAUUCGUCGGUUCGUAAAAAGAAUGAAUCUUUCUUUGACAGAUUAAAAGAAAGAAUUUUAACAGAAACAGGAGAAGAAGGUUCGCUUAUAUGUAAAAAUUGUGGUUUUGAGAGUAAAUGUUUAUCAGAACAUUCCGUUCAUGAGAAGAACUGUACAGCGCAGUCUAAUCGUCAAUUAACAAAUUCACUACAUUCAAGUUUAGGUUCAACACGAUGUCAAAACUGUCGCCAUAGAUGUAAAUCGAGUGCUGAUCUAUAUGUUCAUAUGCAAACAUGCAAAAAGAGAGAUAACACACUUGAGCUGGCGUCUGAUGUACACAACCAAGAUAGCAGUGAAGCUGCUACAGUUAAUAUCGAAAAAGAGCAAGAGCGACAUCCUAUGGAAAACGUUGUUUUUGUAUGGAAUAACAUAAAUCAAGAUACAAACAAAUUUGACACGCCGUUAGACAUUAGCAUCAACGACGACUCUACACUCCCAGAACAAAGUAGAACGUAUGAUUCUAUAGUAGUUGACGAUGACAACGAAACUGAAACUAUGAAUUUGUCUCCAAGCCAAGCUGUUGGGAAAAAAGUAUUUAAAUGUCCACACUGUCUGUUUUGGGCGUCGACAGCUUCAAGAUUUCACGUGCACAUAGUCGGGCAUCUUAAUAAGAAACCAUUCGAGUGUUCUUUGUGCAAAUACAAAUCGAAUUGGCGAUGGGAUAUAACAAAGCAUAUAAAAUUGAAGUCGGCUCGAGACCCUGAGCACGCUGAAGCGAAGGUAUUGAUGACGGACGAGACAGGUCGCCGUAACUACAGUAAAUAUAACAAAUUCUUAGCCAUGCCUAAUUUAAAUGAAAAAGGUGAAAAUAAAUUUCAUUAUAUUGAUCAAAGUACUUCACAGGAUACUGCCUUAGAUGAUGAGAUGUUUAAUGACGUAGCUGAUGGUAUGAAUUUGCCUUUCGAAAUGCCACUUAAUUUACAAACACAGAAUUCUGACCAUAAAUUUGAGUAUGACAAUAGCAUGUUUGAUGCUAAAAAACCUAAAAGAACACUAUGGAAAUGCAAGAAAUGCAAUUACAAGGAUUCAUCAAAAGAGGCUCUACUAGAACAUGUUCGUGAACAUUCCAAGCCAGAUGAUACAGAAGAUAUUAAAGUUCCGAAUAAUAUCAACAAAAAACCUGACAACAUGCCUGAUCCAGCUGACUUGGCCUACCGAUGCGGCCACUGCAAUCAACUAUCCAAUUGGAAACAUGUUAUACAGAGGCAUUGCCGUUUAAAGCAUGAUGGAGUAAUUAAAGUUAUAACAACAGUGAAGCCAAAACCUGAAGUCUCCCCGCUAUCAGCAAAUGACAUCACCAGCGAUACUUGCACGAAGUGUCCAUUUAAAGCAACUGACAAAAACAUGCUUUUGGCACAUUUACAACAACAUCAACCUUCACCACAGUCUAUAUUCAAGUGCUAUUUCUGUCCUUUCUUCGUAAAAGAUGAACACGAAUUAAUUCAACAUCUUAUUUUACACGGUAUUACUGAUCCAGAAGACUAUAUAUCUAAAGCAAUGGGCUGCAAAUCACCUUUACCAGAUCAAGGACCACUAUGUGCAUCAAGUUCGUCUACAACGAAACGACACAAAUGUACUGAAUGUCCGUACGAAACUAACAGCAAAUCCCAGUUCAUGUAUCAUGAGCAGUUCCAUCGACUACCAGCUGAUACCCCGUAUAAAUGCCAAGAAUGCAAUUAUAGUGUAUCGAAGAGACACUUGCUUCAUCAACACAUGCGUGUCCAUGGAAUAUUUGCAAAAAAGAAUGAAAUGGAGGAACUUGAAAACUUAUCAUCAAAUUCUAACCAAGCAGAUGCACAAUCUGAAUUUUCAAUGAACCUAGACGAAAUUCCAUUUGUAUGGGUGUCGGCUAAAAAUGAAUUUCAUAAAAUGUACAAAUGUCGCUAUUGUUCAUACGUAAACUCACAGCAAUGCAAAAUACCUAAUCAUGAAAAAAUACAUUGUGUCGUAUUUGAAAAUAGUGACAUAACUAUAUAUAAAUGUCUUGAAUGUAAAUUCACAAGUGAUAAUAAGGGAAGAUUAGCAGAACAUUCUAAAACACAUGGAGAAAUAUAUGGGCGUAUUUACUGUCCUGUUGAAUCUGAUGUUUCAGACGAGGAACAGAUAGCUAAGUUACGUAAAGUAAUAGAUCAAGAAAAAAUAAAUGCAGCCGAUGAAUUUCCAAAGGAAGAUGAAAAUCAAAGCGAAUACAAAGAAACUAAAACCUUAUUCUUCUGUCAGAAAUGUCCAGCAAGAUUUUUCGCGGAUAGUGAAUUGAAAGUACAUGACAAAUUCCAUGAUUUAACAUUCCAAAAUAAAUGUAAGAGCUGUGAAUUUUCAGUGCCACAAGAAAGCGAAUUGUAUACACAUAACCUUGUGCAUACUGACGAAUACAAUACGAAAACAAAAAUGCUUAAAUUUGUACAUAAAAUACAUGCCCAAUAUAAAAAUCCAAAAUUGCAACUCGUUCACUGCCCAAUUACAUCAGAUGUGACCUGGGUAGUUGCAAAUCCUGGAAAAAACUAUGAUUUAAACGAAUAUAUUAAAAAAUCUUCAGAUAUAAAACCCACGCCCAAGCAAUAUUUUUGUAAAGAAUGUCCAGCUAAAUUCUUUAAAACCUCCGCAUUGAGCUAUCAUAUGGGGUUACAUGGAGGAGACGGUGAUCAUAAAUGUAAAAAAUGUAGUUAUGCUGUUAAAAACAUCGGCAAUCUAGCCAAACACGAGUUACUGCAUGAAAAUGAACCUAAACCUUCUAAUUGUGAUUACGAAUCUGGAGAAGAUAUUGAUUACAAGAAUAUUCCAUUGUCAGGCACUGACUUGUUUCAAAGGAAGACCGAAGCCCAAAAAAGAGUAUUGACAGACAAGGAUAAACUUGUGAAACCAAACGAUCAUUUUCCGCCAGUACUUCAAGCCGAUCCACAAUUUGGAUAUUUGAUGCACGGAAACCCAGAAUUUAUAUACCCUACUUAUCUUAAAAAUGGGCGUCAAAAAGAAAAACGUUACAAAUGCCACAAGUGUCCAUCAGCUUUUGAGAAACGAGAGCAAUAUAAAAUACAUUUAUCUCUUCAUGGAUCUAAACAAAGGUACAAAUGUGAAAUUUGUGAUUACUCUGUCAAAUAUUACGCGAACUACGUUCAGCAUAUGAGAAAGCAUCAAAUGAACGACGAGGCACAAGCCGAGAGGAAGAAAGGGAUUAAUGGUUUUGCAGAAGUCGAAUGCGAAAAUACAGAAAAUAAACAGGAUGACAGCGGAGAUAAUAUUAAAUUAGCGAUAAAAACUAUGCCCAAAAGACCGGUUCGUAGUGAUUUUCAACAAUUUUCGAUAAGUGACCAACAAACCCUACGACUGCUUCAGCGUCGUCGCUCAAUGAAUAAUUCUGCAAAAGAUAUCAACACAUCAGAACUUUCCCCAACAAAAGAUCGAAAAUUACAUAUGUGUCUAUUAUGUCCUUAUACUAAUCAACGUCAAGACGCCCUCAGUAAUCACUACAGACGACACGACGAUACGGACGUUCUAAAUUCUGGUAAUCAUAAAUGUUCAUAUUGUGAUUUAGUAGUAGUACAAUCACAUUUCCUUCGUGAACAUCUAAAAACACACUUCAAUUACCAAAAGCAUCUAAACCCAGAGUGUUUUGUAGCUAACGAAAAUGUUACUUUUACAAUCACUAAGUUAGAUGAGAGUGAAUCAUCUAGUGAUCUCAAGUUAGAUGUGCUAAAUCAAAGUAGACUGUGCAAUGAAAAUAAAAUAUUCGUAAAAAUUAAAACAGGUGAACUGUUUGUAGAA